CCGGUGGUGCUCUACGAGGAGCUGGGCCACGUGGCUGUGUUCACACUGAACCGCCCCGCCGCGCGGAAUGCAAUCAACGGCAAGGUCUCGGCGCGGUUUGAGGCGCUGCUCACCGCGUUCGAGCGGAACUCGGAUAUGUGGGUCGGCGUCGUGGCCUCAUCCCAUCCAGACGUCUUUUGCGCGGGCGCGGAUCUGAAGGCAAUCAACGCCAUGGAGCGGGUGUUCUCUUGGAAGGGCGGCUUUGCUGGGAUGGUCCAGUUCCCCCGCACCAAGCCUCUGAUCGCCGCGGUGGACGGGAAGGCUCUGGCUGGCGGGUGCGAGAUCGUCCUCGCUUGCGAUCUCGUCGUUGCCUCCCACAAGGCGGUCUUCGGGCUGCCCGAGGUGAAGCGGUCGCUGGUUGCCGGAGCCGGGGGGCUCUUCCGGCUACCGCAGAGGCUGCCGCGCCAGGUUGCGAUGGAGAUGCUUCUCACGGGCGACCCAAUCAUGGCAAGCCGCGCCAAGGAGCUGGGCUUCGUGAACGAGCUGGUGGAGCCCGGGUCCUCGCGCGACGCGGCGCUCGCACUGGCGGGCCGCAUCGUGCAGAACGCGCCCGUAGCGGUGCGCGAGGCGAAGGUCUGCGCGGACCGCAUGCAGCUGAUGAGCGACGAUGACGCGUUCAAUGAGUCCAACCGCGCCCUCGUGAAGCUCUUCAUGACGCCUGACUUCAGGGAGGGGCCAAGGGCGUUUCUUGAGAAAAGGGAGCCGCGAUGGACGGGGCGC